AACAAUGUCGGUCGGGUGACUCCCCAGCGCUUCCUGCUCAACUGUCCGAGCCAGCAUCGUCCUUGUUCUUCUCGCCUGGGUGGGGAUGUCGUGCUUUUCAUUGUGCGUCGCGAUGUCUGAUAGGUCGGACGACAGGGCUCCUCAGAAGGGCGUCAAGCCCAGCCUACCUAGAGGACUCAGUACGGAAUACAGUCUUCCCUUUCCAAGUUUUGAGUUGACGCUCGGCAGAAUCAUAAUAUCCUUCGCAUUCCUCAGUUCUUGGAUGUCAUCACGAGUUCAUAAAAUGCGGGUCUGUUGAAGACACUGAUCGCUUGAAGCGAACUCCGACUAUCACUGGGCACCAUCUGACCAC